AUGGUUUCAUCAAUCAAUCCAACUGAUAUAUUUUCGUUUAAGGACAAAAUAUUAUCAAUAAUGGACACAAGUCGCACAAUUGUCAAUCAAUAUAAAUGUCCAAAAGGAUGGGAACGAUUCGGAAGUUCUUGUUAUUAUUUAUCGAAUACGACAAGUACAGUUUCUGAAGUUAAAAAGACAUGUAAUUAUACAUAUUUAACUGAUUCUCAACUAAUCAGAAUUAAAUAUAUCGUUGAAUUAAUUUAUGUUGCUCAUCAUUUGAUGAGAAAUAAUCUCCUUGAAUCAUUUAUUGAAAUUGAUCCAUAUUCAUUUAAAGAACAAACAGAGUGGGAGUUAAAACUAGCGGAGUUAUAA